ACAGAAUGUUCGAGUCACCACUUUCCUCAAGUCUUAAUUUCUAGACACGCGGUUUAUCAUCCUCCACCCAUAUAUAUAUAUAGUCUCUCUCUGAUACUUUGUUCUUCCUGUACUGCUUUGCAUUUCCAUACUGACAUUACCUUAAUGGGACUUGUUCCAUGUCCUUUGCCCUGCAGCACAUACAGUACAGAAUCCGAGUCCAACUUCAGUUACCACCUUCACUCUGAUCCUUCAACCUCCUCAAUAUCUUCCCAACCAAGUCUUCCUUCUGUUCCUUCGCUAUCACGGCAAGUACUACAGCAAACCCAAACCACCCAACUUAACUGCAUAGCUACCCGAAAACCCGGCUCCGCCUGUGUCUGUUCCCUAGUCCUCGCCGGAAAGUUCCUAUACACCGGCUCAUCCGACGGCGAGAUUCGAUCAUGGAGCUGCAGAGACAUCUCCUCAAACACUUCCAAGCCACUAGCCACCACCAACUCCACGGUCAAGUCUCUAGUGAUUGUGGGCGACAAAAUCUUCAGCGCUCACCAAGACCACAAAAUCCGUGUUUGGCAAGUCAACACUACCAAUGAACAAAAGUUCAAAUGCAAAUGCAUAGCCACGCUGCCGACACUGAAAGAUCGUUUCCCGAGGCUCUUCUUCCCCAACAGUUACGUCCAAGUCCGGCGGCACAAGAAAUUAACGUGGGUGCAUCAUGCGGACGCAAUAUCAGCUCUGGCGGUAUCAAAGGACGAGUCUCUUCUAUACUCGGCUUCAUGGGACCGCACGUUCAAAAUCUGGCGGACCUCCGACUUCAAGUGCUUGGAGUCGGUGAGCAACGCCCACGAGGAUGCCAUAAACGCAAUAGUGGUGAGCAAUGACGGGUUUGUUUACACUGGCUCGGCGGAUAAGAAGAUAAAGGUGUGGAAGAAACUCAUUGGGGAAAAGCAUCACACUCUUGUUGAGUCACUAGAGAAGCACAAGUCGGCAGUGAACGCCUUGGCUUUUAGCUCCGACGGGUCUGUGUUGUACUCCGGCGCGUGUGAUCGGUCGAUUCUGGUUUGGGAAAGAGAUAAUGGUGGCGGUGGUGGGAUGGAUGUGGUGGGGGCGCUUAGAGGUCACACUAAGGCUAUAUUGUGUUUGGCGGUGGCGGGGAAUUUAGUGUGUAGUGGUUCGGCGGAUUGUAGUGUUAGGAUUUGGAGGAGAGGGGUUGGUGAUGAUCGGAGUUACUCGUGUUUGGGUGUGUUGGAAGGUCAUAGGCGGCCGGUGAAGUGUUUGACGGCGGCCGUGGAUUUUGACGGUGACGAUAGAAGUGAUUGUGUUAAUUCUUUUGUUGUUUAUAGUGGUAGUUUGGAUUGUAACAUUAAGGUGUGGCAAAUACAGGUCCCUUUGGUUAAUUCGAUUUAACUAUUUUAUUAGUAGAGCUAAUCUAAAGUUACAUAUACUUUUGUUGAUCCACAAUUUGUAGACAUGAUGAUGUACAUAACAAUUAUGAUUAAUUUCAGUUUA